UUUCAACCACUGGUUUGACGGCAUGGCGCUUAUGCACCAAUUCCACAUUGAGGAUGGAAAGGUGACGUACAUGAGCCGCUUCCUCAACAGUGAUUGCUACAAGGAAAACCUUGAGCAUAACCGCAUUAUGGUGUCUGAAUUCGGCACGAUUGCCAUGCCAGACCCAUGCAAGAACGUCUUCCAGCGCUUCCUCUCGCGCUUUGAGCUGCCAAAGCCAAGUGACAAUGCGAAUGUGAGCUUUGUUCAGUAUAAAGGAGACUACUAUGUCAGCACAGAGACAAACUUCAUGCACAAAAUAGACCCACAGACACUGGAAACAAAAGAAAAGGUGGACUGGAGUAAAUUUGUUGCGGUUAAUGGAGCCACAGCUCAUCCCCAUGUGGAUCAUGAUGGAACCACAUACAACAUGGGCAACUCUUACACUCGAAAAGGUGCUUUCUACAAUAUAAUAAUGGUGCCGUCAAAUAAGGUGAAUCCAGCUGAUACCUUGGAAGGAGCCUCAGUUGUGUGUUCAAUCCCCUCAGAGGACAAGUCCAAACCAUCCUACUAUCACAGCUUUGCCAUGUCAGAGAACUAUGUGGUAUUCAUCGAGCAACCAAUCAAAAUGGAUCUCUUGAAGAUUGUGACAAGCAAACUCCGUGGAAAGGGAAUUAAUGAGGGUGUAUACUGGGACCCCAAACGAAACACAGUUUUCCAUGUAAUCAAUAAACACACAGGAAAGCUGAGCCUCAUCAAAUAUUAUGCAAAGCCACUGUCAACUUUUCAUCAGAUAAACUGUUAUGAAGAAAACGGUUUCCUGAUCAUGGACAUGUGCUGUUCUGAUGAUGGCCAAGCAAUAAACAACUACCUGAUUCAGAAUCUAAAAAAGUCUGGAAAUGCUCUAGAUGAGGUAUACAACACAAUGUGCAGAGUGUUCCCCCGCCGCUUUGUCCUGCCACUGAACGUGGAUAGUCAUACACUCUGUGGGCAAAAUCUCAACACGCGCUUGAACAGCACUGCCACAGCCAUCAAGACCGACAAGAAUAAGGUGUUUUGCACACAUGAAGAUCUCCAUGGUGAUGAUCUCCAUGAAUAUGGAGGUCUGGAAUUCCCACACAUCAACUAUUCAAUGUGCAAUUCCCGUCCCUACCGUUACUUCUACGCAUGUGGCUUCAGACACCUAGUUGGAGACUCCCUCAUUAAAAUGGACCUUCAAGGCAAACAAAUAAAGGUGUGGAAACAUGCAGGCAUGUAUCCCUCAGAACCGAUCUUUGUCUCAUCACCUGGUGCUGUAGAAGAGGAUGACGGAGUCAUUCUGUCUGUGGUCAUCACCCCAAAUCAGGAUGAGAGCACCUUCCUUCUGGUGCUGGAUGCAAAAACAUUUGAAGAACUGGGCCGGGCUGAGGUAUCUAUCAACAUUCCAUAUGGAUUCCAUGGGACUUUCCAAACCAUGUCAGAGAACUAUGUGGUAUUCAUCGAGCAACCAAUCAAAAUGGAUCUCUUGAAGAUUGUGACAAGCAAACUCCGUGGAAAGGGAAUUAAUGAGGGUGUAUACUGGGACCCCAAACGAAACACAGUUUUCCAUGUAAUCAAUAAACACACAGGAAAGCUGAGCCUCAUCAAAUAUUAUGCAAAGCCACUGUCAACUUUUCAUCAGAUAAACUGUUAUGAAGAAAACGGUUUCCUGAUCAUGGACAUGUGCUGUUCUGAUGAUGGCCAAGCAAUAAACAACUACCUGAUUCAGAAUCUAAAAAAGUCUGGAAAUGCUCUAGAUGAGGUAUACAACACAAUGUGCAGAGUGUUCCCCCGCCGCUUUGUCCUGCCACUGAACGUGGAUAGUCAUACACCCUGUGGGCAAAAUCUCAACACGCGCUUGAACAGCACUGCCACAGCCAUCAAGACCGACAAGAAUAAGGUUGAUCUCCAUGGUGAUGAUCUCCAUGAAUAUGGAGGUCUGGAAUUCCCACACAUCAACUAUUCAAUGUGCAAUUCCCGUCCCUACCGUUACUUCUACGCAUGUGGCUUCAGACACCUAGUUGGAGACUCCCUCAUUAAAAUGGACCUUCAAGGCAAACAAAUAAAGGUGUGGAAACAUGCAGGCAUGUAUCCCUCAGAACCGAUCUUUGUCUCAUCACCUGGUGCUGUAGAAGAGGAUGACGGAGUCAUUCUGUCUGUGGUCAUCACCCCAAAUCAGGAUGAGAGCACCUUCCUUCUGGUGCUGGAUGCAAAAACAUUUGAAGAACUGGGCCGGGCUGAGGUAUCUAUCAACAUUCCAUAUGGAUUCCAUGGGACUUUCCAAAAUUGACAGUGAGAGACUCUUUAAAA